AUGCUACGUGCUUCCAGGGAGCAAACAACGACCUGGCACUUCAUCCCGCUUGGAACCCCACACAUGGGAGGAGUCUGGGAGCGGGUGGUUCGGUCGGUGAAAGAAGCAAUGUGCGCGCUAGACGACGGGAGACAGCUGACCGAUGAGAUCCUGGAGACAGCACUUGCGGAAGCGGCCGAUAUGAUAAACACACGCCCGCUGACGUACUUGCCGCAGGGUUCGGACGAGACUGAAGCACUAACUCAGAACCAUUUCCUACGGGGAACGGUGUCUGGUGCAGACUUGAAGGUGGACGGAACGGAUACCGCAGAAAGCUGCGAAACUCAUACAAGCGCUCGCAGUUUCUUGCAGACCGAAUGUGGGAAAGAUGGAGUAAGGAGUACCUUCCGACGAUCAACCGACGGUCGAAAUGGUUCGACGAUCAACAGCCGUUGA